CUUAAAAUCCAAGCGCCAUGUACAAAAAGCUUCGAAAUUCGAUCGUUGUCUUCGUUGGUUUGGCUGAAUUCUUUGGUAGACGACGAGUUUGGAAGUGCUUUUCUUCGACACAUCUUGUGAAAUUCAAGCAAGCAGUCUUGACCGCGUUGUGAAGAAAUCUCGUAGCUGUAGCUAAGACACAACGGGCAUUUUUUACCUGUGAAAAAGCGUUCAAUCUUCAACCAAAUCCGCAACGAUUCUAGAAGCAAAGUCAUGACUUCAACAGGACUUCGUGUAUCGACCAACGCCUUAAAUCAAAACGAAAGAAGCAAGCUGACUAAAAGAAGUCAGAAAGAGAAUGCAGACAGCAAGAGAAACGAACCAUUACCGGCAAAACGUGCUGCUUUGGGUACAUUGUCGUCGAACAACAUCAGAAUUCAACCAUUCCGAGCGGCAAAGGUAUGUAUUGAAACAGUUUGUGUAUAAAUAUACAGUUCUUCUGAAAAUUUAGAUAUGCGAUUUUCUUUAAAAAGUACGACAUUUUAUUUAUUUGGAAUUCCCUUUUCUUUGCAGGCACAAGCGCCAACAGCAUCUCAUCGGAAUUCAAGCGAAGCGAAUGUGUUUGCCAAAGUUUCCCACUCUGCUUUCAAUGUCCCCCCGCAAGGAUUCUCUGUAUAUAUUGACAAAGACACGAGCAAGCCCAAGAGUUCAUCUUCUGGGAGGUUUGACAGCCUUGAUCUUGAUCCAGUGGUCACAGCUCUUUCCAGGCAACCUUUAACUGAAGUUUUUCCAGCGCCAAGCAUUCAAAAUGAUCUCUAUGGUAUGCUUUUGGUAUUCCAUUUUAUUAAUAAAUUAUAUACUAGGCACUGUUCAUGAAUCACGAUGCUAUGAGCCGAACUUGUCAGGCAAGCAUGCCUGGAAAACCUAGCAUGCCAGGGCCAAGAUCACACGCGUAUUGCUUUUAGGGGCCAUAUCUAUUCUGCCACAAAUAACCAGGCUUAGAAAAAAAAAAAUCCUGUAAUAUUAUUAACCCAUUGAGUCGCAUUGCACCCUGGUGACCCUACUUUAGUAUUUUACUCUGUCUAGCAUCAGACGAUUUUACUUGUCAAGGGGAGAGCGCUGGCGCUUAAUGGGUUAACUGGCCUAUCUGCUUGUGUGUGUAGUUAACCCAUUGAGUCGCAUUGCACCCUGAUACACCCUACUUUAGUAUUUUACUCUGUCUAACGCCAGAUGAUUUUACUCGUCAAGGGGAGAGCGCUGACGCUUAAUGGGUUAAAAACCAAAAUAAAUUUAAUGUAAAACUUCCAUAGUUAAUAGGUUUCAGAGAGUGUGUGGUGCUAUGCACAUGUGGUCCAGACUACAGAGUCGGGCAGUUUUCGACAAGGAAAAGCUUAAAAAUUCAGGGGCAAGGGUACAAAACAUUUUCCAAGGGCGCAUCGAGCGACUGUACUGGUCAGGGUCGCAUAUGUGGACACAAUGAAAAUUUUGGGGGUGAUUUGAGAUUUGAAAAUUGUUUACAUAUGUACAUCAAGCACUUCCCAGGGACUGUGCUAAAACUUUUCCCUAAAAACUGACUUUGACCAACUAUGCAGUCUGGCACAGGUGUGAACAUUUUGGUCCAAAUGGAAUAUUUUUGUAUUUAUUUGAUAGCUAGUGAAUGCUGCUCAGAGGCAUUUUUGCAGGCUGAGGCCCAGUGCAUCUUCAAAAUUCUGACUUUUCGACAGUUAAGCUUCCAAAAUAUAGGAUGCAUUCUUGUAUAGGCUCUUGUGAAUUUUUCUUGAAGGCACAAAAAUUACUGGCAGAGUCUGUUUAUGAAUGAAAAUUUGUAUCACUUUGACCUGUUCUGCAGUAAGUUGAAAGAAGGAAACUUAUCUAAUUUUAUAAGGAGAAACAAAGACAACACUCUUUAUAAACAAAGAUUGAGAAAUCAGCGGCUGACUAGGUACAUCAAAUAGAAGCUGAGUCUUUUUAUAUGCAUAUGAAGUGAAUGAUGUCAUACUUUUAGCUGGUACUGUGAUAUCUACUUUUAAUAAGGGGCCAUUCACAAAGGAUGUCCGAGCUGAGGGAGGGGGAGGGGGUUUCGAAAAUCAGGACAAAUUUGGACAUGGGGGGGGGGGGUAGCAAUCCGGAUGUCCGAAAUUUAAAAAAAUUCAAAAACAAAUUUCUUUUUCCUUAUUUUGAACUCUCCUUCCCAUCGAUGAAAUUGGCAUUUUGACUAGGUGGUUAAUACUAGAUUUUGUUUUAAGGUGGAGGGGGGGGGUCACUAAUUUGGACAAGGGGGGGGAGGGGGGGUCUGAAAAUCCAUCAUUUGGCCGGACAUCCUUUGUGAAUGGCCCCUAACAGAGCCGUAUCACACUCAAACUUGAUAUUUUCAGUACACCAAUAUUUUAAUGCAAUAUUCAAUAAGGUUUUCACAUUUAGAAAAUUAUAGGAUCAAUAUAAUACAGUAUAAUUGCAACAGCAAAUGUAAAUACUAAGCCUGGUGUUGAUUGGCAUACAACUUGCCAUCUCAUAAUAUAUUAACCCAUUGAGCAUGGUCCGUGCUCUCCCCUUGACGGGUACAAUCAUCUGGCAUUAGACAGAGUAAAAUAAUACAGUAAAAUGUACAGUAAUUGUUAUAUAUGGGUUAAUCAGAUAUUUGUCAAAUCUUUUCUGGAAUGACCCAUGCCUAGCCUAGCAUGUUGAGAUUCUGCCAGACUUGCUCCAAGUCUGCAGUUUGCCUCUCAAAGCAGAGCUGUCUUUACAUUACACGUAGGUGGCCAAAAGGUGAUAGUAGCUGGCCGAAAGUAUAAAUAUGGUACCGAAGGUGCAUGACUGCUAGAGGGAUCUGAAAUGCCAUUUCCUGCAUAUUGGAAGGUGUUUUCACACAGAACUUUGAGACUUCUGAAGAUUACAAUAUUUGUGCAUAUAUGUACAGUAUGAAAUGGUAUAUAUUUUUUGAAGCCUUACCAGUUUACAAUCAAAUUGAAUCUUUUGUUUCAAUUUUCAAUUGAUAUUCUGAAGUAGAUGACUAUGAAAAGGAGAAAAUAUUUUGUUACUAUUACUGUUGAUUGCUUAAGUUUUGUUUGAUGUAUAAAUUCGCAGGUGGCCACAAAUAGGCAAGUUACCGGUCAUUAAUCAGGGGGAGUUUUAUUUUGGUUUUAUAUUUACUGUAAGAGUGUGUGAAAAUGCCAGCAGGAGAGCAGCGUGGCUUGCCUGUCUGCCCUCUCAAAAUCUCAAAUGAAAACCUUUUUUGAGAGGCAGACUUUGUAGCAAGUCGCAGAUCCUGCUUGAGUAUGAUAUAUUAUUAGAACACAAUUCAAAUUGAUGGUGUGUAAUUUGUACAUCAUUUUGGCAUAAAUACUAAAAAUUGCAAACAGUUUUUCCAAACGACAUGUAAAAUUUACUGGUACUGAUCUUUUUGUGUGCUAUAUUCUCUAGACUCGCCGAUGCUGCUUGAUUCAAGUGAUGAUGAAGAGAGCGAAGCAGAUAUCCCAGAGCCUGUUAAAGAUAUAGAUUCCAAUUCAGACACUAUCACUGAUGUUCCUGAGUAUGCUGCUGAAAUUCAUCAGUACUUGAAGGCAGCAGAGGUAAAAUUAUACCAUGUGUAGAAAGUAACAACAUACUGUAGAUGCCGCAUCUGUACUGUGAGUAUCUUUCAUGAAUUCUGUCAUUUUUUCUGUACAAUUAAAACAUGCAUAUACUUGUAUCGUGCACUUAUUCUAAGGGCAUGUACAGGUAGGGCAUUAUUUUACCCUAAAAAGAAAGUGGUGUGUGCUAAUCAUCCUUGCAGCUGAGAGUUCACUAACUCUGAUGAAUUGCAAAGGAUGCAGCUCAACAUGAUCCAGUUGAAGGCUUGCUAAGGAUGCCUCUGCAGCCACCUUAAAAUUAUGACUUAAUGUCUCUAUGAUUAACAAAUUGACUAAAAUUAUAUGACUAUAUAAUUGUCGCUGACAUGGAGCCCAGCUAUGAUGGAAGGGUCAGUUAGGGGGCUACAUGUAGCUAAUCCCAACCCACCCUGUUAACAUUCCCUGUAUAGGAGGAAACCGGAGUACCUGCAUGGGGUGGGGGGUAAGUGCCCCUUGUGACAGUGUGCCUGGCAGCAUAGUUUUAAAGUUUGUUCGUUCACUGCAACCAAGUAUAUAAAUCAUGUUUUUCGCUCGCUACUCUGGUUUAAAUAAAUGAUUACAAAGCCCAGUCGAAUUGUGAUCAAGACCCAACGUUUCGACACUCCAGUCUAGUGUCUUCAUCAGGGGUGAUUAAAAUUGCAAUCGUGGCUUCUUAAAUACCCUAGGGAUGACGUCACCAUCUCAUUGGCAGGUGACGUCAUCCCUAGGGUAUUUAAGAAACCACGAUUGCAAUUUUAGAUCAUCCCUAAUGAAUUAAGACACUAGACUGGAGUGUCGAAACGUUGGGUCUUGAUUACAAUUCGACUGGGCUUUGUAAUCAUUUAUUUUCAACCAGAGUAGCGAGCGAAUCAUGGCAAGAUAGUCUUUCAAAACAUCAGGCUUGGAAACUCCGCUAAAGUCUUUGUGCUAUCUUUUUGUUCGCGUUUAUGCAGUUUUGUGCACGGUGCACGGUCAAUAAACGCAUUGUAUUUCAGUAUAUAAUGAACGAAUCAUCCAAUCAGAGUUUCAGUUCAGUCAUUAAACCAUGUUAUUUAAAUAUUAAAUUAAUAAACCUAAAACAAAGGAUGUACACGGUGUAACUAUAAGGCAUGGCUCAACAUAAAAUCCCAGCUCAUUAUAACCACAGACUUUGAAGUUUACUGAGACUGAGUUAACAGACCAUGUCUCGAAAGACUAUGCUGGCAAACCGCGCCGCCGAAAGUGUGCGAGAAAUCUAUUCUGGAUCAACACUCGACAGAAUUAAGUUAUAUUUACUAAAGUCGUAAUGCAGAAAUGCACAAAACUGCGGUUAAAAUUUUACUGUAACUCGCGGUUCAAAGCGUUAAUCAUGCUUUGAACAACCUGCCCCUGUUUGAUAAAUUUAUAACUACCUGUACCAGAUCUGGACUUCCCUAUUACAAAGACAGGGAAGGGACACCCUUUCAAAUUCAAAUUAGCCAUAACCUUUUAAAUAUUCGUUGCUCUGCAGUAAACUGGCCCAUUUUAUAUCUUAUGCGGACUUGAAUAAUGCUUACUUUAAACGUUUUUCUUUGUGUUGUGUAUUUGUUCAUACAAAUAGAAGAACCUAAAUUCCCAUGUGCAGAAGAUCUAACUUGUGUUUUCACCCAUUCAUUAAUUCGAGAAAUUAUACGGCUGUCAAAUUACUACAAUACAGUAGAUUACGGUGAAUUUGAAAGGGUGUACAUUUUUCUUAUAACACCCUGUAUAAUCCGUAAUCCCCUGAAUUGAGAAAUAUUUUCUCACUACAUGAAACCCUGAAAUUUUGUCGCAGUAUGGUAGUCGCAAUAGACCUUUCCCCUUGUGAGUGAAAUUUUGAUCUAGAUAUGCCUGGACAAAAAUUUCAUCGCAGCUUGAAAGAGCAUCACAAAAUUAGUAAUAUUCCGAAGUUUCGUUGCAAAAUGUUGUAAAAUGCGGAUAAUAUACAGUAGCCUUGCGAAGUUUGCCAUUUUUCAGUCAUUUUGCAUUACAAACGGGAAAUUGAUAAUCAGAUGAUCAAACUGAUUAUCAAUUCCAUUUGUAAUGCAAAAUGACUGAAAAACGGCAAACUUCGCAAGGCUAUAUUAUCCGCAUUUUACAACAUUUUGCAACGAAACUUUGGAAUAUUACUAAUUUUGUGAUGCUCUUGAAUCAAGCUGUGAUGAAAUUGUUGUCCAGACUUGUCUAGAUCAAAAUUUCACUCAAAAGGGGAAAGAUCUAUUGGGACUAUUAGCCUAAGUGUUGAUCCAGCAUUAAUUACUGUACAAUAGUCGAUACAUCUGUGACUGUGCUCUUCAUGCAAUAUAUAAAUAUAUGUAAUCAUUUUCAUAGUUGAAGCACCGACCAAAACCUGGCUACAUGAAGAAACAACCUGAUAUUAACAACAGCAUGAGAGCAAUUCUUGUCGACUGGCUUGUCGAGGUGGGAGAAGAAUACCGACUUUGCCCAGAUACCUUGUACCUUGCUGUGAACUACAUUGACCGUUUCCUCUCGUCAAUGGUUGUAGUUAGGAAGAAACUGCAGCUUGUUGGGACUGCUUGCAUGCUCAUUGCAUCCAAACUGGAGGAAAUUUAUCCACCUGAAGUUGCUGAAUUCGUCUAUAUAACUGAUGACACAUAUUCUGACAAAGAAGUAAAUAUACAGUAUUGAUACAAUUCUAUCUUUACAAAAAUUGUUUGAAACUAGAACUUUAAGUUUUCAAUAUCCCUAUAUCCACAGGAUACCAGAUUAUAAAUUUGGAUGCUAUACAUCACAAGCCUGGUAUCCACUGAGAUCUAGUGAAAAAUUGCUCUCCUCAAGAAAGAUUUAUUUGUGAAAGAUCUACAGUAUUCACGGUGUCCGUAUUUGCAGAUUUUGCAUGAUAUACUGUUUUCCAGUGAAUCUUUAAACUGGUUUCAAUGUUUGGUUACUCCUAAGAUGUUUACUGGCCAAAUAUGGGUACUACUGUAUAUUUUCUGGGCGAAUACUAGAUUUUUAUGACUGUUGCUACCGAACGUCGAUCAUCUUCUAGAAUUAAAAUAAUAGGCUAUUAUAACAUUUAUAAGUGAUUGUCACUAGAUGUCUGGUUUUUGCCUGCCCGAAAUGAUUUUGGCAGUCUGUUGAACUUAAACAACAUCUUAGGCAAAGUCAAAGACGACGCUUUAGUUUUCGUGUGCAUAAAAACUGUAUCAAAAGAGGUCACAUUGUGUGCAAAACUAACCAUGAUAACUACAGAGGACCGUAUAUUUUAAUGUAGAAGUGCAUUAACUAUUGUUAGUAUUCUAUGAGCAGGAAAACUAAUUGGCAAAUGUUUAUUUCAGGUCAGAAAAAUGGAGAACUUGGUUUUAAAAGUUUUACAAUUUGACAUGAAUGUCCCAACGAUCCUGUCGUUUCUGGACAGAUAUGAAAAAGCAGCUGAUUUUCCGCAAGAUAUGAAACGCAAGCUCUGCUUUCUGACAAGGGUAUGUUUGAGUACAUUUUAUUCUAUGACUUGCAGUCUUGCAAUUGUUAUAAGGCUUAUUUCUCCACUGGUAUGCAAAUGCUGACAUGCGUCCCCUGAAGUUGUAAGGUACUUAACCAGGGUGUUAGCUACAGUAAAAAAUUCCGCGUUACACGCGGUUUUCCCAAUUAACCUUGAGGUCGCAAUUUCCCAAUUUGGGUCAGCCAAAAAAUAGUUAUAGAAAUUCAAUGUUGUUAAUACGUACACCAUUAAAAACAUCCCAAAAUGCGGGAAAUGCCAUUUCAAAGACACAAAAAAUCUAAAAAUUGAGAGGGGGCAACCGCAUGACCCCAGACCCACAAAGAAAUGUCCGGCUUCAGGCUAAAAUAAAUUUCCCAAUUUCAGGUAAACGCGGAUUUUUUUUUACUUCUGGCUAACACCCUGAUAACCAUUAACCAAAUACGUUGUGCGACAGGCACGCAAUAAAGUGCGAACAAUGUAUUUAAAUAUUAGGAGGGUGAGGUUUUUCGUGAAGUAAAUUUAGAUUUUAGAACAUCCUCCGGGCGGAACCUUUUGCCUGGUUGUCCUGGCUGCAUACGCUCCUUCGCAGCGCCUGUUGCGCCAUGGGCAGGUCGCACAAUUCCUGCAGGGCCUAGCUGUGAAUCUUGUAAAACAAAAUAGUCCUGUCAAUUUAAUGAAUAAUGUAGUAACACAUUUCAUCAAUUAACUAGCGAUUGUUUCGGCAAAAUCGUAUCUAAUCAUAGCCAUAGGAAGCCCAGCAAUGUCAGACGAACUUUUUACGCAUUUUAAGCUUAUUUGCUGGGCUGAACUUUAGCAUUAAAAAUUGCUUGAACUUUUUGUUUAUACUGACAAAUUAUGGCGUAAAACAAGAGUGUAUGGAGGUACAUGUAGUGUUCCAGUUAUAUUCAUUUCAAUGUUUCUUUAAUUGUGUUCAAAAUAUCUUCGCAGUACAUCUGUGAGCUAACAUUGCAAGAUGCAGAUCCAUAUUUGAAAUACCAUCCAUCAACUAUCGCUGCUUCAGCUGUUGUUUUAGCUCUUCAUAUACUGGAACUUCCUUCAUGGGUAAGUUUUUAUAUGGCAAUUUGCACUACCUCUCAAACCCUGGUGUAGCGUUAUAUACUGCAGAUUAUCCAGACUCAAUGGGAACAUUUUUUGAACAACAUUCUACUUCUCUACACUAGACACCUUCAUUAAAGCAUUACACUGGUGUUGACCUGGCAAGUUUGAACGAUUGUAUUAGUGAUUUACAUAGAACUUUUUCCAUGGCACCAAAUCAAACUCAAAAAGCCAUUCGAGAGAAAUACGCUGAAUCGAGGUAUGUGAACAAUGCAGAUGGUCUUAAGGCGGUUUUCCACUAAGCCAAAUUUUUCGACCGAAUCGAAAUUUUCUUUUGUCUUACAAGCAUUCAGAUGGAACUAAACAGAAAUCUUUUGAAUUUGAACAAAAGAAAUUUCGGUUCGAUCGAAAAAUUUCGCCUAGAUUUUGUUAAAAAUUUCCAAAUGGCGAUGCCGGACGUUUUUCAGCACUGAUCCCAAGAUUUUUUUUUGAUUUUUUUCCUUCUAUACUAGACACUAGGCCUAAAAAAACACACAAAAAAACACCUGUGGUUCCGGUUUCAUAUCAUGAAAAAAUUAGGGUCGGUAGGUCGGAAAUAAAUAUUUUUUUGAAUAUUUUUUUCAUGGUUUUGGCGGUUUUUUGCUGGGCGAUUUUUCAGUAGAGUCCCGACAUCAAUAUUAACUGGAGAUGCGUAUUUCCUAUGGACGAAUUUAGGCAAUUUAGUUAAACGCUGCAUGAGCAAGCCCGCAACCACCCUGAGAAAAUAGGGUCGCACGGUCAAUUGCGUUGAAAAAAUAAUAGGGUCGGCAGAAAAAAAAUAGGGUCGGUCGGAAACCGGAACAACAGGUAUUUUUUUAGGGCCCUGUACUUAUACUUAAUACUUUGUUGUUUGGCUCUUCGUGAAUACCAUUUUAAUACUAAUUGAAGCUUAGGGGCUGUUUAUAUGAGGCGAGCCAGCUCGGGUAGCCGAGCUAGCUCGCUUUAGGCGGGAUCCCGUCUUUGUUAAUAUUUCCUAAAUUUCAUGUUGCGUUUAUAUGAGAACCGAGCUGGCCCGCCUAACCGAGGUCCCGCUUCGUGUGACCCGAGACCUCUGGUAAACGGGCUGGGUAGUGUUCCAUAUAAACGCAACAGGGAGGGCUAGCCCUCCUGGUAGGGCUGGAAAUUUAGCAAAUACGCAUGCGCAAAUUAUUAGAAUAAUUCAGAAUGCACAAACAACUCCCAUAUAUGGAACCAACUUCCAUAUAUGGUGGAGUUUGCGCCAAAAAAAUUAGAACAAGAAGGGCCAGCCCUUCAUGUAAGUUUCAUGUAAACGCGUGGUGAAAUUCAUCUCAGGGAUGCGAGCCAGCUCGGGUACCCGGGCUGGCUCGCUUCCAUAUAAACAGCCCCUUAGUUUACGAAAGUUUCCGGAGGAAAGAAAAUGGGUGGAUCUCAAUUGAUCUUGUUUGAUCAUCAGUGCUAGAAAUAUGUUCUGUACUUGACCACACCCGCAUGCUGGCCGGACCUUGGUGGUUCAGAAAUUCAGAUACGUGAUUAUAUUUUGUAGGUAUUUAAAUGUGGCCAAUAUUCCUUCACCAAGUACCAUUCCAAUAGCGUGAAUGACAAAUACCUGUGGCGAGCACACGAAAUUCGCACCGCACGUCCUUAUAAUUGAAGGCGAUAAUAGCAUAUUGGCGCUAUUGUACAUUUGUAAAUAUACUGUACAAAGUAGGUCGAUCAUUGUCCCACACAUGUGUACAUAUCUCUGGGUUCCAGGCAGCUUUGCCAAAAUUUUAUUCAUUAACAGCAAAGAGAAAGUACCUCAAAUGUUUUUGAACGCUAUUGAAUUAGAUUUAGUUAGUAAUUGCUAAAUUUUUACCGUAAUUUUAAAGUUUUAUUAAAGUAAAAUAAAGUGAAUAUUUAUCUCCAAA